AUGACCGAAGAUCUCGAUACAUCGAAAAUCAAAAGCUGGCGCUCAAUAAUCACCCUAAUAAUCUUUGUUAUUACUAAUAUUAUUGUACUUUUCCCAUUUCAUGUCCCGUUCUACCUACCACGAUGGGUUGUCAACGGAUUUCUCGACCUGUCGAGCGCGAUGCGCAUAACCCCUCGUCGCGCCAACUCCCGUUCUCGAUAUAAUGACAAGCAAAGUCUUUUCGUGAAGCUUCAUUUUCCGCUGAACUUUCUGACCGCACCUCUGAUAGCGGAUCUCUUUCUUCUCGCCAUCCUCGCUAUCGGUCGACAAGAAGUACACGAUGGAACGAUCGGCGCGAACAACAUAAAACCUUACGAUAUCAUGAUCUUCUUCCUCACAUUGGCUUACAUUGCCAUAUCAGUCGAUGCAUCUGGACUGAUCAGAUGGCUAGCCUUCAAAGUUUUGCAAAAGGGAGGGAAGGUCGGUCACCAGCUCUUCUUCUACCUUUAUGCAUUCUUCUUUGGGCUCGGCACCUUCAUAGGAAACGAUCCGAUCAUUCUGUCCGGGACAGCGUUUCUGGCUUACAUGACUCGUGCGUCGGAGAACAUCUAUCACCCCAGAGCCUGGAUUCAUAGCCAGUUCGCAAUCGCCAAUAUUGCUUCUGCGAUUCUGGUGUCUUCCAACCCUACUAACCUGGUUCUCGCUGGUGCUUUCGAGAUCAAGUUCAUUGUCUACACGGCCAACAUGAUCGUCCCAGUAGUUGUGACGGCGAUUGUGAUCUUCCCAUUCUUAUUGUACAUCAUCUUUGCAGACGAAGCCCUGAUUCCUCUCUCGAUCACGAUGCACAAGCUCGACCCGGCAGUAAUGGAAAAGACACCCGUCAACCCCAACAUCCCCAAUGCACGGGGAAUGGCCGAAGAGCAAGAGCAAGAAGAAGCCAGCGAUGACAAAGGGAAGAAACUGUCUUUGGAAGAGAUCAUGAACCCUUUCUUGGACAAAAAGGGUGCAGCCUUUGGGGCGGUUAUCAUGGCUGCCACUCUCAUUGCUGUUCUCGCUCUCAAUGCUUCAAGUCAAAAAGACAAAGAACAUCCCGUUUUCUGGGUGACACUCCCAGCUGCUGGAAUCAUGUUUGGUUGGGAUCUUGGAUUUGGUUGGAUCCAUCGCGCCGAGACCCGUGAGAUUGCCGCCAGGGGUCGAAAAGAGAUCGAGGAAGCGCGAGCACAAAAGGAACUACGGAACAGUGAGAAAAACUCAGCAAAGUCAAGCCCAGAGAUCGUUGGCAAUGACCAAGCAGAACAUGAUGCUUUGGAUAUGCGCUACCGCGGUCCGCACAUUGAUGAUACUAUUUCCAGCAGGGCGACUGAUAGCAGUAUUGGAUCGAAGACUCCUCAUUGCGAUAUCGAAUCGCCAUCAUCGCUCUCUGUGCUUGUCAAUAAAGAGAAGUGUCCUGAGUUGCAAACAUCUGGCGGACUUGCGGUGGACAGCAAGAACCUAGUCCUCGCAUCGUCGCCGGAGGCACUGGAUUCAAACCAGACCAUCGAAACGAAAGAUGUGGAAAAACAAAAAAUCACAUUCGAAGAGAACGGACCGCCGACAUUGAUGUCUUUAUCUGCCGACCUCUACCGUUGGCUGCAGGAGACAUUCCCAACUGUCACAGUCGUCGUGUCUCACAUGCCAUUCCCACUACUACCCUUUGCAUUUGCCAUGUUUGUCCUAGUCCAAGCACUCGUCACCAAGGGCUGGGUUCCAGUCUUUGCAUACGGAUGGAACCACUGGGUAAACAAGACCGGGACAGUGGGUGCAAUCGGCGGAAUGGCAUUCCUGUCCGUGAUCUUGUGCAAUUUCGCCGGCACCAACAUCGGCACAACGAUCCUUCUUUCUCGGGUCAUCCAAGCCUGGAAACAGAUUGCCGAUGAAACCGGUAUCCCAAUCAGUGAUCGAACCUGGUGGGCAACUAUAUACAGCAUGGCACUUGGUGUAAAUUACGGUGCAUUCAGUACUGCAUUUAGUGCCUCGCUGGCUGGUCUGCUAUGGCGGGAUAUUCUGAGGAGAAAGCAUAUCCGUGUAGGGAGUCUUGACUUUGCGCGUGUGAACCUUCCCAUCAUUGCGCUCUCUAUGGUUGUUGGGUGCGUUGUGCUUAUUGGUGAGGUGUACAUUAUGCGAAGUGAUAAGCCAUACAAGCCGGUUUAA